AUGGAGUGGAAAUUAGAAAGAUCUGCUUCUAGGAAGGUCAAGACAGAUGAAGACAUGUUGUGGGAGAAAGUAAUGAAAACACUUGGGAAAGACCUUAAGCAGAUGAGAAAACAAAGUUUACAGAAGUUCACUAAGAUGCCCGAUUCAGGAAAGCCCACCUAUUCAAGAUUUAAAAGUUGCAUUGUGAAGAAACUGACGUGCAGUGUCCCUAUUGCUAGUAGCCCUAUCGUCACAAGAUGGCAGCAGACACACGCAAGAAAUCAUGCCGAGCAAACUUUCACAGAGUGUCAGCCUAUUAAUCUCUUUCCAGCUGAUGGAUCUGAGCUAGUAAGGACUCCUGAGAAGAUCUCAACAAUCCCAGUAUCCUUUCAGGUGCCUAUCAAAAAUUCUACCAACGAACCUUAUAUCAUUACUAAUGCCACAGCGAGGUGUCAUGAGACAACUUACUUACAAGGAAGAAAUAAAAGGAGAGCUGAAAUUGCAAAGAAGAGGAAAUGUCUUACCCAGCAGUUAAUAUUCCAAGAGGGUGGAUUCGACAUCCCAGAAAAUGACAGUAUAAAGAUCUGUGGAAACACUGAGUGUAUUUGGAAAGGCUGCCAGAAUGGAAUGCAUAAUGAAUUUACUGCUCACAGAGUUUCCACUAAUACCGAAUCUUUCAUACCAUUGGAGCCAGAGGUCAGGCUUCAUAUUAGUGGCUUCCGCAAUGAUUACUAUCUAAACAUACUGGACUGGAACCAGGAAAAUCUCAUUGCCGUUGCUCUAGGAUCUGCUGCACACAUUUGGAAUGGGGAAACCCACCGAAGCACCGAAAGAAUUAAUUUAAAUUCCAAUUUAAAAUAUAUUUCUUCUGUAGCCUGGAUAAAAGAGGGAACUUACCUUGCAGUUGGCACCAGUGAUGGAGAAGUGCAAUUAUGGGACAUUGAAACCAAAAAGAGGUUGAGAAACAUGUUUGGUCACCUGUCUGUGGUGGGAGCCAUGAGCUGGAAUCAUUGUAUACUUAGCAGUGGUUCAAGACUCGGAUUAAUUCAUCAUCAUGAUGUUCGGAUUUCUCAGCACCAUGUAGGGACCCUUUGCCAUAACAAGCAGAGCAUUUGCAGCCUGAAAUGGUCCACAAACAACAAGCUGCUGGCAAGUGGGUCCAGUGAUGGUCUAUUGAAUAUCUGGCCUAAUGACCCCGGUGCGACAGUGCAUUGCAAGCCAUUGAAAGCCAUACCCCAUGCCUCAGCAGUAAAGGCUAUGAACUGGUGUCCAUGGCAGUCAGAAAUCCUUGCGACAGGAGGUGGAAUGAAGGAUGGAUUUUUACGUAUCUGGGACGUAAGCACUGGGAAAAUCAUCGAAACCACAGACACAAAAUCUCAGAUUUGCUCCCUAUUCUGGUUACCCAAAACCAAUGAAUUAAUGACUGGACAAGGUCUCCCUAAAAAUCAGAUGAAAAUAUGGAAAUAUCCCACACUUACAAAUUCAACUGAUCUCUAUGGUCAUAAAGGAAGAGUCUUGCACAUAGCACUGAGCCCAGAUCAUAGCAGGAUCUUUUCUCUUGCAGCUGAUGGAAUGGCUUGUGUGUGGAAAUACUGCUAAUCUGGUGAAAGCAAGCACAGAAGCAAGGACUUUCAGAAGGAUUAUUCUAGUUAGUUGUGGCAACUUUUUUCCAUUGACUUUUGAAAGUGAGCCGUUAAAGGUUUUUGGCAAUGACAGUAAUACAAUGACAGUAAUGACAGUAAUCCAACAAAUCUUUCCAAAUAUUAAAUUCUUUCCAAAUGAAACAUGGAAUAAAGAUAACACCUUAGUUCAUUAUCACAUGGAAUG